GAAAAUUGGGAACUUUAAGGGUCUUUCCCACUUAUUUUUGUUUACCUGUUACCUAACUCUUAAUUAUAAUUUAGUAAGAGUAAAAAGAAUGAAAGUCCAAUUUGCUAAAAAGAAAAAAGAAUACUUCUCUUUCUUCUUUAAAAUUAGAAUGAUUAAAUUAUCCCUAGAAUGUUUUUUGAGUUCCCUGGAAAUAUAUAUUACUACAUAAAAAAGGGUGCGAAAUCUCUACACUAGCUCUGAACUGGAUAAAUACAAUGAAUAAAAUGUAUUGGCUGCACUAAAAGCUAUGACGAUUCAUGUUUGUCAUACCAUGUUAUAUUUUAAAGGGAAAUUGGAGUUAAAAAUACUUGAUCGUGAUUCUGUUCACCGCUCUGCAGUUUACAUGUGAGGCUGUUUUCUCCCUGAGCAGUGGUGAAGCAAAAGGCGUAAAGAGAUAUUUUUAAAAAGAUAGUUCAGGAACACUAUUGACAAGGAGCAUGGGUCGCUUUUGACCCGAGCAGUAACUGCUGAUCAGCUGUCCCAGGGCAGGGCGUGAGGGUCGUGUGGUUCUGAAGAUGAGGCAGGAAAAAUGCGCCCCUUGGACCGGGACAAGGUAGAAGCACCGGCGGAAGUGGAAGUUUUGGGGCCCUAGGAAGACUUGGAGCAGUUCCUGCUUCCAGUCAUCCGUGGGGUGCGGGAGGAUAUGGUGGCUCUCCCACGAGUGUACCUGAGGACCAGGAGUAAGUUGUGGAAGAUGGAUAAUAUGCUCAUGCAGAUAGAAAUGCAGGUGGAGACCUCGGAGGAGAAAGCCUUGAAUCACCUUCAGCAUCCCAGUGGGGAAGCUGAUGAGAGAGUGCCAGAGUUGUGCCGGAAGGUGGAGGAGAAAGCCAAGGAGAUUGCGAAGAUGGCAGAUUUGAUGGUGGAGCUGGUUUGGCAGAUAGAGAAAAGCAAAUCGUCUUGAAGGAGGGUUGGCUUUCACAGCUGAUGGACUCUGGUCCGCUGGUAAGGAUGGGCGGAUACCUGGAAGAAACUGAAACCGCUCAUUUUCUCUAUUCAGUUUUUGUAUGUUUUUUACUCCCAUGUAACAAUGUCCCUUAGGGUCAGUGGCUGGUGACCUUGAUAUGGGUGUAGAUUGUGAAAUGUAUUUGGUUCCUAAAAAUAACUUUCUUUUGAGAAAUACUCUCAUAAGGGAAACAGGGCUUAAUCAAAACUUGUUUCAGUUUAUUUUUGUUACUUUGCAGUGUUUUGGAAAUGUUGGGCAUGGCCUUGUAUUUUGGUGUUAUCAUGUGACCUGAUUGUUUUCUGGAACUUUGGAACACCCGUGUGAAGACUUGGGGUCAGAAUCUUCCAACUUUAGAGGUGCAGU